CACAUGAACGUCAGGGAGGCGACUAAGGUCCUGAAUGUUUAAGGAUGUCCGCCAUGUCUCUCUACCUUUAGGAGGCAGGGAGGAGGAAUGACCAGCCAUUGUCUGUCUGACUGCCCGCCAGAACCACACGCCACAGCUCCCUGUAGCGAUUAGAGAAUUCUGACAUCUUCGUCACCAUGGGCUGCAGAGAAUCCAAGAACAAGGAACCAACAACCGGGGAACUGUCCCAAACCACCACAGCAGACGACCAGGUCAAAGCCCUCGUCUCAAAGGUGAAAGCUGAUGUCGAGGCGCAGUAUGGAAAAGAAUUUACAACUUUUGAACCCGUGUCUUUCAGGAAGCAGGCCGUAGCACAGAAUGUCUAUUAUGUAAAGAUUGAUCUAGGGGGCGAAUACGCGCAUAUCAAAGUCUGUGAUACUGUACCCAAAGAAUGUGAAAAAGCGGCGACAUCAAAAGCUUCACCGGAAAAGAAAUCAGAGGAGAAGAAGGAGGAGGACAACAGUAAAACCGAAGAAAAGGGUGAAGGGUCAGAGGAAAAAGGUGAAGGGUCAGAGGAGAAAGGUGAAGGGUCAGAGGAGAAAGGUGAAGGUUCAGAAGAUGCGAAAGACGGAUCUGAAGAAAAAGAAACUAAAUCUACAGAGGAAGUAGCUGUUGUCAAGGAGACAAGUGAGGAGAAACCAACGGCUACGCUAACAGCUGUACAGAAGGGUAAGAAACUCAAUGACGAGAUUGUGGAAUUUGAAACUUCCGAAGAAGCCAGCGAAGAGGAAGAAGAAGUGACGGAGGAACCCAAGGAAGAAGUCAAAGAGGAGGAACCAAAAGAGGAAGAGGUAAAAGAGGAACCAAAAGAAGAAGAACCAAAAGAGGAGGAACCAAAAGAAGAAGAGCCCAAGAAAGAAGAGGAUAAGGAAGAGGAAAAAGAGGAGGGUGAUAGCUCUCUUCUAUCAACGUUAAAGUCUGAGGCCUCCGACGCAUUGGGAUUUUAAGUUUUUCGCUGUAUAUUACAUUUAUAUAUGUGUCUGAACAAUGUUGGCGCUCCAUCUAGAUCAAAGCAGUAUUGUAUUUACCUUCAAUAAUGUGUACCAUCAUGGCACAAAGCACAUUAAAAUCAAUAAAAAGACUCUUUAGAAACUUUUCAACCAUUUCCUAAUGAAGCAGAUAAUGUUAUUGUCAUUGUCAAGUAAAAUAUUCUCAAGUCA